GGUGCCGUUUUCUUGAGAAACAAAAGGAUAAAAUUACAGGUGUGGUAUUUUGCUUAACGACAACAAACGAUACUGAAAUGUAUAAGAGACUUCUUCCGCUCUAUUUUCCGCUUGAUAAGAAGGAAGAAGAGAUUGCUAUUUCUAAGCUUCCUGCUGAUGUUGGAGAUGAAAACGGUGAAACAGUUAUUGACGAAAGAAAAAUCAGGAUAAAACCACUACAAAAUGUCAAAAAUACAUUUCCUAAAAUUCCCCGAGCUUCGUUAGAUGUUCCUGUUGGGGAUCAAGGUUUGGCUAGACAGUUAGUGACCUGUAAAACUCAUAAUAUUAGGGGUUCUGGGGUAGACAGUGGAUGUAUAAGGCGUACUUCUUUGUAAUUUUUGUUUACAUUGACUUGUAGUUUAGUGUAGGAAUAGUUAUAAUUAUUUGUAUACCUUAAAAUCAAUCUGUAAAAGUAAGCUCUCUUAUUUUUGGGUUUUUAAUUUUAUACUUGAUUACAAUAUUAUGGGCUUGGGUACAAAGUUUUUUAUAUUAAAAGAAGUUUACAACACAAUAUGCACUGAAGCCAAGUCAGUGUUACUCUUGAUGCAAUAUUUAUC